UGAACGCGCGUGAUUCCGCAGUGCGUUCUGGCGUGCCGUCGCGACCUCUUGUUUCGUCUGACAGUUGCUGCGGCUGGAAGCGCAUCGCUUCAGCUCGAUCGCGUGUCGUAUUCACCGCGUGUGCGUGGGUAGCAAAAUUUUGACGGCUGUUUCUGAGUGUGUGCGGUUUGUCUCUGCUGUAGCGGCGGCAGGGGCUAUGAGUCUGGCUGCGUGAAGGGAGAAGCAGAGAGGAAAAAGGAAGGACGAAGCCGGGGAGAGGCAAGAGGCUUCCAAGACGGCGCGACGCGCAAGGAAUGCGGCCAGCAUGGCGGUGUCGCAGGUGCUGUGGCGGCUGUCCGCCGCGCCUCUGCUGUUGGCGGCACUGACCGUCGUCCGCGCUGCAGACAUGACGCAGCUCUUCCUGCGGAGCCCUGAGGACGCUGUGGCGCCGCUGGGUGACCGCGUCUCGUUCGACUGCCGGCUGCGCUCGGGGGCGGACCGCAUCCGCUGGAAGCACGCCGGCCGCUUCGUGUCGCACGUGCCUCAGCAGGCGCAGUCCACGUCGUCGUCGUCGGCGCACCCCGCCCCCUCCGGCGCCAGCGGCGGCAAGGGCCGCGUGCGGUCCAGCUACCAGGUGCACGUCACCAGCUACGACCAGGCCGGCGACUACCAGUGCGUGGCGUGGUUCGGUGCGGCGGCCCUGGUGUCGACGCCUGCACAAUUGCUGGUGGCUCGGCUGGACCCCUUCCCUGGUGGCGACGGGCCCAGCCAGCAGGUGGAGGUGCAUGUGGCCUUGGGUGGAAGUCUGGUACUGCCCUGCCAGCCACCCCCGAGUGUGCCACCACCCGCGCUGCUCUUCUACCGGGACGAACACCGCCUCCAGCCCAAGAGCGCUGCUGCUCAAGCCGGACCAGGAAGACUGCUCCUUACUUCCCUGAGUGAGUCUGACUCCGGUAACUACACGUGUGAGGCUGUGAAUGACAUCACAGGGCAGCUGGUGAGGUCACCCCGUAUCUUCUCUGUGACUGUCACGAGGGACCCACCACGCUCCGCACCCCGUUUCCUGGAUGACCCCGUCCCACUGCGGAGGUACCCUGUUAGGGCAGGUGAUAAUGUGACGUUGCCCUGCUGGGCACUUGGACAUCCGACUCCAGUGACGAAGUGGUUCCGGGAAGGUAACCACAAAUUGCACCCCACACGCUCUGCCAUGGUUCCUGGUGGACUGAUGCUGACAGGGACCACGCUGGAAGAUACGGGGCGCUACAAGUGCAUCUUGGAAAAUUCACUAGGUUCUGUCUCACUGGAAGCACUAGUUGAAGUUUUGGAGCCACCAGUCCUGGUGAGAGGCCCGAAGGUGGAUCGAGUGCAGCAAGGAGACAAUGUUGUUCUCGAGUGCGAGUUUCGAGGGUCUCCACAACCCAACAUCACGUGGGUCUUCAACGGAAACUCUGUGACCAAUGACAGCCACAUCACAGUUAUCAGAGGAAAUCUUGCCAUACAGAAUGCUGACCUAAAGCACGCUGGCAUAUUCCAGUGCUUUGGUCGAAAUGAGCUUGGGUCAGUCUUUGGAUCUGCAAUGGUGGAAGUCGCUCCUAAUGCUGUUAGCAUAAAUCCAGAUGACAUCGGAGCAGAUGGCACUGAUAUCGGUGAUGGCGGUGCUGGUGGCAGUUCUUACCAUAAGUCAGAGGGGCCCCACAAAGGCACCAAGGACCGCAGAAAGAUCAACCAUGGCCAUGUACGUAUGAUUCCUCCCUCGAGACCACAUGUCACACGCCUCUCAGACACAUCGGUGAUGGUGCGCUGGAAGGUGACCCCGAAUCACGGUCUGCCCAUCCAGUUCUUCAAAGUCCAGUACAGCCACAAGGGCCACGGGGGUUCAGGAGGUGGUGGCAAGCAUCAGAACUGGAUGACCAACAAUGGGGACAUACCACCCUACAUACACACGUAUGAGGUGGACAACCUGGAGCCCAACCAGACAUACCGGUUUCGCAUUGCUGCUGCCUACUCCAAUGACGACAAUAAACUGAGCCCCAACCUGCGACACUUCCACCUGAAGUCGGACGUCGGCAUACACCUUCCGGCACCGACGCUCUACAGGACAUCUGCCCUGUCCCCUACGUCCAUCAAACUCUACUGGAAGCAGUCAGAGCCGGCAGAGCUGGAAGGCUUCUACAUUUACUACCGGCCGGCGAGCACGGCUGGCGACUACUUGCACGUCACGGUGGAGGACCCGCAGGCAGACACGUUCGAUGUGGAGCACCUGCAGCCCGACACCACCUACGAGGUGAAGCUGCAGGGUUUUGUGAAAGAAGCUGCCUCGGCAUUCAGUGCCAUCCUCACCCAGAAGACUCUGCCUCUGCCCGUGACAGAGCCACCAGUUUCCGGAGCAGACAGCACCGUGGACGGGGCCAACAGUGCACAGGUGCUGGUAAAGACGGUGGAGGCGAGCGGGGCGGGCACCCUCUAUCUCGCCGUCGGCUGCAGCGUGGGCGUGAUCGUCGUCGUGUUGGUGGCAGCUACCGUCGUCUGGCUGCUCUACCGUCGGAAGGUCUCUGCGAGGGCUGGAGAGCGAGGGAGUGAUAGCCGGGACAAAUUCCCAGAGAUCACGGCGGUUGCCAAGGGCGGGCGCGGGGGUGGCCAGCAGAACGGCCGACCCCCGCAGCGGCUGCCGCAGACACAGCAACCGCUGGCCAACGGGAAGCUCACCAUCACCACGAACCCCCUGGCAGAGGCCGAGGAUGAGAGCCUGAUGGAGGCAGCGCGCAGCCAGAACAACAACUGCGAGGGCGUGGACCCGGCCACGGGGGCGUCGGUCCCUGCCGGCUCCACGGAGCUCGCCUGCUGGCGGCAGCAGCAACAGCAGCAGCCACAAGCACCGAUCCCGUACUCGUCCUCGAAUCUUCCCCCAGAAAACUACGUGUGAGCACCCGAAGCUGUCAUCACAUUUAUAGCAAAAAAAAAAA